GCCGGAGGACGUUGUUGUGUGGACGGCUUUACGGCUAUUUACGCCACCAUUUACGGCGGUCAGACGGCGUGCGGUCAGACGACGUCCGGAUGAUGCGGCACGCAUCGCGGGCGAAGCUAAUCCGAUUAGAGAGCCGUGUUCAGGCCGGACCGAGGCCGGGUUGCCGAUUAGCUGCGGUUAUUUAUUUAUUAUCCGCAUCAUUUCUCGCAUAAGGAAGUGCAGCGAAUGCACAGACACCCGUGCGCUAGACCUUUGACCCUUUACAUUUGGGUUCUGUGGAGCCUGGUUUCAGUUUUAAUUGUGAAAAUGUUUACAAACACACGUUAAGCCAAUCGAGUGAAGUGCGAAGCGUAGUUUGAUAGUUCGGUCACGCUCUGAUCAGCCCCGGGUUGUUGUCAGUGUCGUCAGCUCCGCUUGGUCGUUAUCAACAAGUUGCGGGUCGUGAUUGGUUUAUUUUUCUCGCGCCACAACUCCAUAAUCCGUCAGCUCGCCAACGUCCCACCGCCGAAGGGUUUGUGUUUGCGUGUGUGAGGGAGCUACCAAAUGGACCGCAUCGGAUCGGUGGUGUUAUGCUCUGAUGCACCCCACUCGGGUUCCGGGUGAGAUAAAGCCGAGCCAAGCCGAGACUGAAGCACUCCGAGUGAUGUGGCAGCGGCAGCGUUCGUAGACACAACGCCCCGUUGACAAGCAAACAAUCGGGCUGUCCUGCGACAAGUGGAUGACAAUUGGCCCAUCAAUUGCAUUCCGAGAACAGACGCACUAGAGCAAAAGGACCGGCGUUUUUGGAGGCCGGUUUUCGGUUGAAACCCCGGGAUUCCGGAGCACGGGCGAAAGAUGCCGCGUCCGAAUCAACUGCGAAAGGUGUGGGUUGCGUUUGCCGUGUUUGGCGCAAUUUCCAUCCUGCGGCCAGUGUCGGGCCGCAUCGUGAAGCGCAGCUACUCCGAUCAAAGCGUACGGGGAUACCUGACCGAGCGUACCUGCUGGUGGAACGAGGUGUGCAAGGAGGAAUUCCAACAGCUGUUCCGGUGCCGAUGUCCGCAGUGGUCGUACUGCAGAUCGCCCGGACGGUACUACAACGCGUACUGCUCCAUGACGAACACGGGCUACAUCUGGACCCAACCGACGUGGGACUGGGAGACGGCCUAACCUACGCAAGCGGUCGUAUUGUUGACGCGGCCGGUGUUGUGAACAACCAAAACAAUUUCAGGCGCCUAUGAAUAUUGAUCAGAAACAUCCUCCUCUUCGCACGGCUAGUCACAUUUUCAUCAAAACUCCGACCAAGCAGAACCCCGAGCAGGCGUGAAAAUGGCAUUCCAUAGGUAUUAAUAGAAGUGGUACUACUUCGUCCUCACUGUUGCCAAAGGUAAACCGAUUCCAGAAUCUAAAGCAACGAUUCCGGUGAAGAAGGCACCGGUGAUCAUUCUUUCCUUCGGGACCGUUCGUUUAAUAACAAUUUCAAUUCAACAUCCGAGAUUGCUUCCGAUCUGAGCCAACAAAUAACAAUCAAAAUAACCGUGCCGCUUAAGCGCCAGUGAGCAGAAGGGUGGAAUAGCUUUUACCCCAAACCUAAUCGGGAGACCAAACGAUUUAUAGACUUACAUUUUACAGCGCACCUAUCUGCUCCAAUCGGAAGAGAACCAUGCAGACGCCAACAGCACACAUAAGUGCAAAACGAUCCGAAGCACUCAAAGCAAAACCGGUGGAAGCGAAGGUUAAUUAAAUAUAUAAAAAGAAAACUAAUAUUUUAAAGUACAGCACUAGGUUCCCCGCGGGGCUCUAAGGCCCGGGAUUCCCCCGUAGUGGUUUUUACAGGCGACAAAGUUGAGUUUUACUCGUUCCGUGGGAAUGCAUCGGUGAGUGGAUUCAGGGGAAAGUGGUCAGACCGAAGCGGAUACCAUGUUGAGCUGUUUAGAGCUGGAUAGUGUGUGUGUGUUUGUGUGUUUUAAAGUUAUGCCAUUAAAUAAAACAGUAAACCCAGACGGACUGCAGGAGUGA